AAGCGCACACACACAGUACAAGUACACAUCGCUGGCCAAGAACCAGUGCAGUGACGUCAGCAGCUCCCAUUAAUUACACAGAGCAAACACAAUGCUGAACGCUACCGCACACUGACCCGCACUCCUGCCCCUGCCACACCACACAGCCACAUCUGGGUGCAAUGCAGGCUGCUCCCUCCCUCUGCUGCCUGGAAAUGGAAGGGUUAAAAGCCCUGGACGCUGGUGAGCGACAAUCUCCCCUGCAGAUUGUGCAGUGAGGGUUGUGUGCAGCCCUGUAGCAUGCAAUAUUCCAAGGGGCACCCUGCUUAUACUGCUGGAGUGCAGGACUUAUAAUAAGGGGGCUCCCCAAUAGCCCAGCCUGGUGGCUUCCCCCUAGUGCAGAUGUGUUUGCAGCUCUGCAUUGCUAGGUCCGUCCAAGCAGCUGUUGCACAGAUCUCUGCGUUCAAUAUCCAUAGCAACAGAGGAACCAGCCUCGUCCUUCCUCAUCUCGCUCCCCCCUGGAGCAUCAACACAGGCAGAAUCUCUAACAGUGGAGCAGCAUCCUGUCCUGAGGUCCCAGGCCGCUGUCCAAGGUGCUGGAACUUCACACAGGGGCACUGCAGCAGUAGGUGGGAUCACAAGAGCAAGGUGAUGACCUGAAAAUACCAUGUCUGCAGUACAAGGGACAGUAGAGUUUUUGGUGGAACUGCAUAAAUUCCAUAAUGUGGACUUAUUCCAGAGAGGGUAUUACCAUGUAAGAGCUACAUUAAAGAUAUCAUCCAAGACACCUCACAAGGUGACAGUCUCCCUCGUUGGGCAGAAAGAUGACGUUGGAGAAUAUUCACCGUGUGUGUACGAUAAUGUCGUGUACAGCCGGAUAUUCCAGAUACUGUAUAGAAAUGAAGACAUUGAUAUUAAUGAUGUCAUGCUGUUCAAGGUGCACCUAUUUCUGGAUGGAGAAAGGGUAGAAGAUGCUCUGAGUGAGGUGGAUUUUCAAAUGAAGUUAGAUCUGCACUUUACAGACAUCGAGCAACAACUCAAAGACAUCUCCGCCGUCCCCCUGAUCAGCAGCCGCACUUUGGGUCUCCAUUUCCACCCGAGAAGAGGUUUACACCAUCAUGUUCCUGUCAUGUUCGACUAUUUCCACUUGUCGGUGAUCUCUGUUACUGUGCACGCUUCACUGACAGCCUUACAUCAGCCGCUUACAAGCUUUGCUUAUCCAGCCAGAGGCUCCUGGUUAGGAAAAAGUAACCCAGAUCUGGCGACAGACCCGCCGGUUACGUCACUGGAGAAUCUGGUGUUUGGCGCAGCGUACUGUAAGCCAGCGUCCUCAGAGGGGAACUGCUAUGUACUAACAGAGACCUGCAUGCAGCACGCCCACAACCGGCACAAGGACUUCUGUCUUCUCUUGCUGUCCGCGUACAGUGGGCUCUCCUCAUAUUAUUCCAGCGUGUCUAAACACAUACCGGAAUUAUCCCAACUAGAAAUAGAGGAGCUUCAGCCUGAAAAGACGAUAUCCCAACUCUGUAGUCAGCUACAGGAGAUGAACAAUCCGGACAGGAUAACCGAGCAGAUCGGCAAGGAUUUGGCGUGGCUUUGCUCCCAGCUUUUGGUAUUGUGGACCAAGUUCCUGGAAAUAGUGACUCUCCACCCAGAAGUGACGACCUACCUCAUGCAAGAGCAUCACACCUUACGGGUACGGAGGUUUUCGGAAGCGUUCUUCUAUGCUGAACAUGAGAAACUCGAUGCCCUCACUUUUCAGGAAAAUCUGAUACAGAAUAACAGCAGCUUGUCAGGAGAGGUCAGGAGCUCCGAAUAUUUUAUGAGCAUGCCCCCUUUACCUGUUGAAUGCCUGGACAUCGAUGGAGACUGGAACUCCCUGCCCAUUAUCUUUGAAGACAGAUAUGUCGAAUCCCCCAAGAAAGGCAUAACAUUGUUGGGAACUACAAAUGAAAAAGAACAUGAUGCCGAAAAUAUCUUAAACAGCAGCGAUAUGAGUUUCCAUUUCAUCCAAACGACUACAGUGUAUGAAAAUGCUUCAUUUGAGAAAACCAGCCCAUGCACGGACAGUCCAGAAGGUAUCUGUGUCGACCAGACCCCAAUGAAAAGUUUACAAGACAUCUCUGAAAAAAGAGAAUGUACAGAAAGACUUUCUGAAGCGCAGGACAAUGUAUCUGUAACUAACUCGCAACUGUCAAUGAUGAACAGCAUUCAAUCAACUAGUGAGGAUGAAGAGGCCCACAAAUCUGAUGGAGUCACGGACGCUGAAGCAGUGCCAGGGGCAUUUGAUGAGUAUAGUGAAAAUUCUCCAUUUAGUGAGUCUACAAUAGAUGCAGGAGAGCUGUGUAGUUCCAAUGAUAACUUGUCGUAUGAAAAUAUUGCAAUGCAUGACCUUGGCGACCAUAAAUCCAAACCAAGUCCAGACAACAGGAGACUUCAUCAAGGCAUGCCCAUAUUGUCCAAAAGCUGCAGCACUGAGUUAAUAAAUAAAUCCUUUAAAAAUAGUCUCGUAACAAAGUGCUUUCCCAGCAAUAAACUUGAAGAAUUCCCCCUGUGCUCUGGGGCAAUUAAGAGGUCCUCAUCGGUGAUAUCGGAUUCUGGAAUAGAGAGUGAGCCAAGCUCUGUAGCUUGGUGUGAUACCUACACUAAAACGAUGGAUCUGACCAGUGAUGAAGAACUGCUGCAACAGUACUCCGGGACGCAUGUUUUGCACAGAAACUCUUUAGAGGGGGGACAAACGGAGAGUAACACGAGUUUGCCAAGCGGGAUACAGGCCUCUCUGACCUCCAUCAGCUCUUUGCCCUUUGAGGAAGAGGAAAGAGAUGUGGAGCUUUCAAAAUUAACUAAAUCUGUUUCUGCACCACAAAUCAGUAGCCCAGAGGAGUCAGCAGAGGAUGUGAUACUGACAACAAAUGCAGUCAAUGGGAAUGACCAAUUAGACAUUUUAGGAAAGAACAACAAUAAUGGGAGGACGAAGGUAGAACUGGGUUCUGAAAAUUUUAGUGAAGUGUUUUGUCAAAGUAUAAGUGUAUCUGUUGAGUCUCCCAUCAUAGACUUGGAAGUUCAACGUUCAUUUUCCAACUCUAACAGUAGUUCGAACAAUGUACACAAUGAAGCUGAUAAGGUCCCCUUGGGCGAUGGUCAAUCCAUUCUGUGCAAUACAGAUAUUCAGGGCAACGAAUGCUUUUCUGAAUGUCUGAACAAAGUGCCUGAGAUGUUGAGCCCAGCCCCCUUCUCAUUGGGAACAUUGGUGGACGGAGACUCUGCUCAAAAUGGCACCUCCAUCAUGUCUCAAGCCAAAGAGGCUCUGGAUGGAUUUCCAUUUCUGCAUGAGAUUGAACUAACAGAAGACUCGAGCAGCGAUCAGAUGGCAGAUUCCAGUUCUGAUCAUGAGUUCGGUGACGCAGAGCAAAAAAGCAAAGCGAGUAGAAGCGUCUGUGCUUCCAUAUCUGAUUUCAACUCAAGUUCACCCACAGUUCUUGCCCUUGAUGGAAGAAGAGGCGUAGAAAUGGUUAAUCUGUCUGUUUCUUGCACGGCGACUUGUUUGCCUUUCUCCUCUAUGCAAAAAGACACUCCGGUUCUCCCUGGUUUUUCGGCAAAACAGGCGUUAUUCCCAAUAACCAGACAGCCACUGGGCUCUUUCGGAGUCAUCUCGGAGAAUUCCUCAGAUUCUGGAGAAGAGAUUAAUGAGAGAAUGCUCAGUUUUUAUCAGGCUAAAGAAAAAUUCAGAAAACAUGUGAAGUUUGAAGGUUUCCUGUACAGUGACCUCUCCAUGCUUGCUUCUGAUAUACCGUAUUUUCCACCAGAGGAAGACCACCCAGAAGACGGAAUUCAUCUUGUGGUCUGCGUACAUGGUCUAGAUGGUAAUAGCGCAGACCUUCGGCUGGUCAAGACGUUUCUUGAGUUGGGAUUACCUGGCGCAAACCUGGACUUCCUUAUGUCAGAAAAGAAUCAGAAUGACACGUUUGCAGACUUUGAUGCGAUGACUGACAAACUGAUUGAUGAAAUUAUUCAGCACAUUCAGCUGUAUAACCUCUCAAUUUCAAGAAUAAGCUUCAUCGGACAUUCUUUGGGAAACAUCAUCAUUCGAUCCGUACUCACUCGUCCCCGUUUCCGAUAUUAUCUCAACAAGCUCCAUACGUUUCUCUCUCUAUCGGGCCCUCACCUGGGAACGUUAUACAGUAACAGCACCUUGGUUAGUACAGGUUUGUGGCUAAUGCAAAAACUGAAAAAGUCUGGAUCACUGCUACAGCUGACGUUCCGGGAUAAUGCUGAUCUGCGUAAAUCAUUCCUGUACCAGCUUAGCCAAAAGCCAGGACUUCAGUAUUUUAAAAAUAUUGUUUUGGUAGCGUCGCCACAAGACCGCUAUGUGCCGUUUCACUCCGCCAGAAUAGAGAUGUGUAAAAACGCAAUCAAGGACAAACAUACAGGUCCUAUCUACACUGAAAUGAUCAACAACCUUCUCCAGCCCGUGACGGAGUCCAAGGACUGCACGCUAAUCCGACACAACGUGUUUCACGCUCUGCCGAACACGGCCAAUACUCUCAUUGGACGCGCCGCUCAUAUCGCCGUGCUGGACUCAGAGCUCUUUCUGGAGAAGUUUUUUCUUGUUACGGGUCUCAACUACUUCAAAUAACUCCUGGUUCUGACCUUCCAGACUAUCAUCCAUAGUCAUAAACCAAAAAUAAUCUGAAGUGCGGAGCAUUGACGCGUCGCGCUGACAUAUCGGUGGGGGGAUGGGGGGAGAGUAAACGGCCUUUAUCUGUCCGUUCCUUUUACUGCACUUUUUCUGAACAACUGAGUAGCAUUGUACCAUAUACUGUAAGUCUUCAAUUAGUCUAUCCAAUUAGUGUUUUCUAAAUUGUAAUUCAUGAGCCAACUACUCCAUAAAUGAGAGUCCAUGCUAGGAUCUAUGGAGGAGAGACUUUCCUGCCUAACCAGGCGUUCACAGAAAAUUGUAGCCACAAUUGGACACCACUUGCUGUGCCGUGUGACCACUUACUGCUAUGGUAGAUAAGCCUCGGGCCAAAUGCCCAUUGGAACGGGUUCCAAACACCACCCCGCAUGCACUGCCAUAAAGACUAACUGUACAUACAUGGACAUACACUCUAGUAGUGUUUAUCUACUAGGCUAAUACUCUACUCUGUUUAUAACUGACUAAUGGGAAACCAUCCAGCUGCUGUAGAACUACACAUCCCAGCAUGCCCUGACACUGUUUUGCUGUUAGGGCAUGCUGGGACGUGCAGUUUCGCAGUAGCUGGAGUGCGACAAGGGUUGCCUCCCCCUGGAGUACAGUACGUAAUGCUUCUUGCAGGAUGAUCAGUCUAUUGGUGGAGUAAUUGGGGUGCAGUGUAUGCAGCUGCCAGUGACUUCAGGACAAUGAGGCAGAUGUUGAUGGAACCUUGCACCACCGAGUCUUGGUGUCAUAACUCCUUACUGCCUGCAGGGGUCACUAAAUCCACAGCUGAUCAUGAAGAGGUUUAAUUUACAGUACGUACAACUAAAAAUUUCUGUAUAUGUAAGCAGAUACUAAAGAGUAGCAGUAUUAUACAUCCUUACAUAUAUUAAAACAUGCUUUUUAUUCUAAAUAUACAAUAUCAAGUUACAUUUUUUUCUUCUUCAUUUUUUUUGCACUGUGAUAAAAGUUUGGAGUUCAAAAUAAUUCAACACUGAAGGGCUGAUUCUUAGUAGUACGUGGCCACUUUGGCUUAUCUUGCCGCAGUCGCAAAUGCACAAGCAUGUGGAAGGAAUGUGUACACACUGAGACGACCACUUUGUGCACCUUUAGACGCUGAAAUACCAUUCGGUGCAUUUGUAGACACCACCAUCUGCCACCCCAUGUUAAGUACACAUUCUCUGUCACAGUAUGGCCACCUAUGUGAGCGAUUAAGCAUCUGAAUUUGCAGCCAGUUAUGUGACAUGCUCACGACCCUCCUAUACCAUGCCCGUAUAACGGUAGAUGUCAGUGCGUAAUUACAACCACCAUUCCCAAUACAUUUCUGAGACCAUGUGUCUCAAUUGGUACUGCAUAUAUAAUGUAGAACUGUGCAACUUUUCAGCCACUUAGGCGCACCAGUUAUGUGACAUGCUCACGUCCCUCCCAUACCAUGCCCGUAUAACGGUAGAUGUCAGUGCGUAAUUACAACCACCAUUCCCAAUACAUUUCUGAGACCAUGUGUCUUAAUCGGUACUGCAUAUAUACUGUAGAACUGUGCAACUUUUCAGCCACUUAGGCGCACGUGCACCUGAAGAACACUGAACAUUUGUGAAAAUAUUGUCAUUGCUUCCAACUCAUCAGUAUCAAGUGCUGUACAUGAGGCAGAUCUGUUGUACGGUGUCACCAGCAUGUGUUGGAGAGAGUGCUGGCCAAAAAAUCAAACUUCUAAUAGCACAGCUGCCCCACCUCCAACAUAUCCUCUGCACACAUCCAUUCCCAGUAUAGGAAGCAGACAUGUGCGCAGAACCUCAUGGUUUGGUUUUGCCAAAACGAUCCUCAAUGUUUUUCUAUUUUUUCAGUUUGGGCAAAAUCAUCCUCACAUGAUUUGGUUUGGAUUCUGAUUUGGUUUUGGAUAAAUCAUGUAAUUUUUGUUCCUAGAGUAUUAAUCAAAUCAGAAACAUUAAUUUUCAGUAAUUUCCAGAGUGAAAUGGCGCCUUACAGAUGUGUCCUUGGUCACCUUACUGUGUAUUCAGUAGCGUUUGAUGAAUAGAAUGUCCACGGGUAUGCGUGUACACUGCGCAUGCACCCGCGAUCCAUAGGAUCACAUACAGUACGGGCAGCGGGAGACGCGGCUCACCCAUCCAUGCGCUGUGUCUAUGUCCUCAGCAGUGCAGCGGCGGCUGGCGGGAGCGGGCGCCGAGGCAGAGGUCCGGGGAGCAGGGGCAGAUCCGAUGCUGGCUGCAGGAAGGCCAGGGUGGCUACAGUGCGGGUGGCGCUGGGCACAGGGUGCUGCCAUCGUGGAAUGUGUCACAUGGUCAGCAAAGACCAAGCAGGGCCUGAUUCAGCCUAAUCUUGCUGCAGCCAAUCCUUGCAGGGAGCAGGGCAUAUCAGAGUGCAUUCUGGGGCAUUCUAACGCCAGUGCAACGUCUUCUGCAGCUAGUCUACAUGCUAGUGUCUGUGCUCCCACUUUCCAGUGUGUACCCUUGUUCCUGGUUCCUGUUGUAUUGCAGUUACGCUUUCCUAGUCCUAUUCACCUGGCUCCCACGCGCCUAGAACCGAACAACUCAGAGUUGUCCGACUGCUACCGUCAUCCCGCUCCUGUCGCCUCCGUUACCGCCUCAGUCUGCUGGGGAGUGUCACAGGCUCUGAUCACGGCAACCGGCUCCUACACCUGCCUCAGGGGAGUUAUACCAGAAUCCCAAUAUCCUCGUCAUAUUCUUCUUCAUCUUUAAAGUCUUCAUCUUGGAUCUAAACACUUCAUAAGAAGGAACUUUAUUCAGUCAUCCCGGAGAGAUUGCCUCCCAGUCUGAACCUAAUUCAAAGACGCCAGUACCAGGCGAUACCUUGGUGCUAACACAGAACUUGGUCCAACCAGGACACUUCCAUCGCGGAGAGUCCGUCUCCUAUCCUGAACCCAGUUCAGAAUCACCAGUCCCAGCUAAUAUAUCCGUGACAGUGUGGAUACUCCCACAAAUGGAUCGUAGCCAGGUGCGAAUAGUCACUAUCGCGGCACAUUCGUACCAGUAUCCCAUUCGUGGGUAUGACGAGAGCUGGCACAUCUGUUCAUACCAUCAAAAACACAUGACAUUUAGUUUUUAGAUAUGAGAACCGACCUUGUGGUUCGACAAGGGACCCCAGAAGUGAUCCUUGCCUUGACUCUGUUUGACCUGGAAACGGGUUCAGGUUGAUUAAAAAAAACUAAAACUUUCAGUUAUGGGAUCUGUAAUUCCUAGUUACGCCCUUGUGAGCUCCUCCCCUCAGCCCCCCCCCAAAAAUAGGUGGAUUUACUGUAGGCCUUGGGACUACCCAUAUGGUGCUGUGACUGUGUCGUCUGCAUUCCUUGUAUCUCGUUCCAUUAGAUCAUCUUAAUAAAAUCCUGAUUUUUGCAUAUAGGUUAGUAUUGAGGUGUAUUUAGCCAGGAAGAGUUCCUGGAAGAGUUGUCCAUUGCGUAAAUAAUCGUAAAUCAACAUCAAACUUUGCCCCCUCUGCCAAAAAAGUUCUGGCGCCCCCCCCCCCAUAAAUUAUUAUUGCCAGGGGUUUCAUGCUUGCCAGAGGCGUCAGCUUUUCCGAUAUCCAAGUACCACCGGGUAUAGUUUUUACCUAAAUGCUCAUCACCAGGGGUUUCAUACAUGUUGCCAGGGGUUUCAUGCUCGUUGCCAGGGGUUUCAUGCUCAUUGCCAGUGGUUUCAUGCUCGUUGCCAGGGGUUUCAUGCUCAUUGCCAGUGGUUUCAUGCUCGUUGCCAGGGGUUUCAUGCUCAUUGGCAGUGGUUUCAUGCUCGUUGCCAGGGGUUUCAUGCUCAUUGCCAGUGGUUUCAUGCUCAUUGCCAGGGGUUUCAUGCUUGUUGUCUAGGGUUUCAUGCUCGUUGCCAUUGGUUUCAUGCUUAUUGUCAGGGGUUUCAUGCUCAUUGCCAGGGGUUUCAUGCUUGUUGUCAGGGGUUUCAUGCACGUUGUAAGGGGUUUCCUGCUCAUUGCCAGGGGUUUCAUGCUCAGUGCCAGGGGUUUCAUGCUUGUUAUCAGGGGUUUCAUGCUCUUUGCCAGGGGUUUCAUGCUUGCCAGAGGCAUCAGCUUUUCCGAUAUCCAAGUACCACUGGGUAUAGUUUUUACCUAAAUGCUCAUCACCAGGGGUUUCAUACAUGUUGCCAGAGGUUUCAUGCUCGUUGCCAGGGGUUUCAUGCUCAUUGCCAGUGGUUUCAUGCUCGUUGCCAGGGGUUUCAUGCUUGUUGUCAGGGGUUUCAUGCUUGUUGUCAGGGGUUUAAUGCUCUGUGCCAGGGGUUUCAUGCUCACUGGAGGUGUCAGCUUUCCCAAAAUCCCAGUACCUCCGGGUAUUGCUAUACACGCUGUGCUUCCCUGACAUACGCUAGGACCUCUAGCAUCUGUCUCCUCCUAGGCAGUGUCCAUUUUUGGAUGGACAUUUUCAACAGAUUUUCAAGUGGAUGGCCAGACUGCAUGGAAUCUGCAUAACACCCCAAGCCACAGCGUAGUCUGCAGGGGCUGUUGCUAUGCCACUGGUACCGCCCUGCAGGGAGGAUGUAUUAUGCAUUGUAUGGUGCAUGUGAUUCAUGCCAAUUGCAUGAAGAAAUGUAAAUAAAAAUGCAAAGGACGGCUCUUCCGAUAAGAGCCGUCCUUUGCAUUGUGUUUUCUUCUGGGUUUAUGGGAUUAGGAAGGAGAAAUGGUGCAAUGGAAAACGGAGUAUUCUCAUUAUUGCAAGACAGGUAUAUUACAGUGCGUUGCCAUUUUCAUUUCCUAAAAAUAAUCUGCUUGACGUUCAUUCUAAUAUGGUGAAGAGAAAAGAUUGUUGUUAUAUUAAUAUUUUAUUGAGGAGGCAUAAUAAAAACAAUGACACUGACAUAAAAUAGACAUAGGGUAUAUAGUAAUUUUAUACGGUGUAAAUAACUGAGAAUACUAACCAGCGACGAAAGUUAUAUUUUUACAGUAUAAUCUGUACGUCACCAAAACCAUGUUGAAUAUUUCAGCAAUAACUGUUUACGAUGACGUUGACAUAUUGUGUCCUACUCUCUUUGUUAUAUAAAACAGCCAACGUCUAUUGUAAAUAAUGUAGAUAACCUGUAUAUGAUCAUUUAUGCUAUACAGUUGUCCAAUGUAACAAAAUGCCUUUGAAUGUUCUAACUACAGUAUACAGCCGCGAUUUCAAUGAUUUUUGAAGAGUUUGUGAAGCAAAUGGUACAUAUUGUAUUUAGCCAACAGCCUCGAGUAUUAACCAACUACUAUAUUUAAAUACUGUCACAAGCGUAUCUGUAUUUAACAAUAUAUUACUGCCUUUAUGGUGAUUUUAAUCAAUGUUACUUCUGAACGCCUGAUAUUGUCAUCACCGUGAGAUUGUACUAUGUUAUCAUGAAGGUAGGCAUUUACAUUCCUUAUGUAAUUACAUUUGCUCACUUUAUAAAAUCCUCCGUAUUACCUCUUUCAGAUCCGAAUGCAGUAAAAAGGGAAUUUGUUAAAGAAAUCUUCAGUCAGGGUGGGAUUAAGGUUUUCGGGGGCCCCAGGUCAACUAACUCGUGGGUCCCCUACAAAUAAAAUUACUAAUAUAUGCUACAAUGUUUUUAAAAAGUAGUAUGUGUAAAUACUUCAAAGCCUUUCAGAUUUACAUAUACUGUAGUGCCCCCAGUUCACAUUACGCCACAUAAAGCCACCAGUUCACAUUAUACAGUGGCAAUAUCAUUGUAUUUUAAUUGUAUUUUUUUGUCUGGAAUGGCUAUUUAUGUGGCUCACAGGAGAGUGAUUAUAUUAUCAUAACCUCGAGGCAUUUAAAGUUAGAAAUGUCAGUGACUAGAGGAAGGCUUUCAUAAUCUAUUCUGCUAUGGACUAUUUCACUCUCAAGGAGAAAAUAAGCUUCUAAUCGCGGUGCCUGGAGUGUUUGUCGAUGGUAAAUGUCAGACGCGGGCAUAAGCAUUACCAGCCAUGAAACUCUGCCACCGGCGUCCCGUCAGGUCAAUUUCAGGCAGAGACACAACGACAAGGUACAAAUGUGUCCAGCAAAAAUGUCUCGUCAUUGAAAGGGCUUUAACAUUCACAAAACAAAUCUAUGUAUAUUGCUGUGAAGUUCUGUAAUUAAAAUAAAAUACUUUAUCCCUGGCUUACAUAAUAUAAUGAAUGUAAUGCUGAGAGCCACUGUGACAGCUUACUGCUGACUGGUUACAAGUAGCAUAUAAAAUGUACAGUAUAAUAGCAGUUUUGACAUCAUAAGCCGGUUCAUUAUUUUUCUACAUUUGCUUUACAGUGAUUGUGAUUGUGGCUUUUGCAUUGUGAAAAAAUAUAUAAAUAAAAUUAUA